AUGGAAGGUGCCUUACACAAGGUAGAUCAGUCUCCAGUUGAUGUUCUUCGCAUGGGUGAUACUCAGGUGAAGGAUGGCAGAAGAGCAGCAACAGGCAACGAACAAUUGCAGGAAGCGGUUGGCAAGGAGCAAACCAAUAAGGUAGUGAAGGAGGCUGGGGCAGGUUUGAUGGACGUGGGCAUAGAGAGCGACACUGAUCGCCAGAAGAGUUACGCUGAUCGGAGACGCAGACUACUAGAGUUCUCUGUUGGCGACCAUGUAUUUCUGCGAGUUUCACCUACGAAAGGGGUGAAGAGAUUUGGCCUCAGAGGUAAGUUAGCUCCGCGGUAUAUUGGCCCUUUCGAGAUCUUGGAGAGGAUCGGAGCGGUAGCUUACCGGUUAGCACUACCACCAUCCCUGGCAGGCGUACACGAUGUAUUCCACGUAUCUAUGCUGAGGAGAUACGUGCCCGACCCGACACAUGUGCUGGCAGAUAUUCCAGUUCCAGUUCAGCCUGACAUUUCAUAUGAGGAGGUUCCGGUGCGGAUUCUGGACCGGAAAGAGCUGUUAGGACCAAAAUUGCGGAACAAGACUAUCCGGCUAGUUAAAGUCGGAUGGCAGCAUCAUUCAGACGAGGAGGCUACUUGGGAGCUCGAGGAUACUAUCCGAGCUCGAUAUCCCCAUCUCACUUUAUUCAAGCAGCACUCCUUCCAGCCAGUUCCUCUUUGGCUGCUGAUUAAGAACAGAAAUCUGUGA